AUGUUAUUCGCUCCCAGUGGACCCCAGAGUCCCCGUCGACGCAGUCGAAUUAAAGCUAUCCUCCUCACCAUCUUCAUCGUCAUCGCGCUGUAUCUGCUUUUCUUCGCAAACACCAAGCUCCCUGUCAAACCCGAGACUGGCACCUACGCCGAUCGACAUGGCGCUGCGACAACCCCCAAACCUACAGAUGAGCUGGCUCAUCCUUUGAUUCCUAGCCAAAAGGUCAUGGUCGUGGCCAGCAUGAAGAAGGAUGACACGUCGUGGCUGCGACAGAACUUCCCCGACUGGUCCAAGAGCAUUUACGUCGUAGACGACAAACACGCACCGUUGACGGUGGCGUACAAUAAAGGACGCGAGUCAAUGGUCUAUCUUUCAUACAUCAUCGAUAACUACAAUAAUUUGCCGGAAUCUAUGCUGUUUAUCCACUCCCAGCGCUACCAGUGGCACAACGACGAUCCAUACUACGACGGCAUUCCACCGCUCCAGCACUUCCAGGUCCCAUAUCUACAAGAGCAGGGAUAUGUCAACCUGCGCUGCGUGUGGACCUUGGGAUGUCCGACCGAGAUCCAUCCACUCACCGAUACGCACCGUAGCGCCGUCCACGCGGGCGAAUACUACAAAACUGGCUUCAUGGAGCUGUUCCCGAACACCCCGGUGCCCGAGGAGGUUGGCGUGUCAUGCUGCGCGCAAUUUGGCGUGUCCCGCGCGAAGGUCCUAGAGCGACCGCGCCUCGACUACGAGCGCUACCGCGCAUGGCUGUCAAAUACCCCUCUGCCAGAUGAUCUGAGCGGACGAAUUAUGGAAUAUUCGUGGCAUAUGAUCUUUGGAAUGAAGCCUGUGCAUUGUCCCAAUGCGAAGGAAUGUUAUUGCAAGGUGUUUGGACUGUGUGAUCUCAAUUGUCCGUGGGAGGGUGGCUGCGAUGACCGCUACGCUUUGCCACCGUACUCAUCCCUUCCCAAAGGCUGGCCCAAGAUUGGAUGGAAGGGCCAAGAACAAGAUCCCACGCAUGGGCUGCCGGAAACAACGGGCAAAUCCACCGUCUCAACCAUCCUCUCCACACCCCCCUACUCUCUCCCCAUCAUCGACGCAGACCUUCUAGCCCGCAAGGUCGUCGAACCCGGCACCGCAGGCUACAAAGCCAUCGUCAACUACUUCGGCCCCAGCACCCCCGACCUCCUCCUAGAAGAUGCCUCCAACCCAUCCGGCAAACCGCUGAACCGGCCCGCGCUCGGCCGCCGCGUCUUCGGCAGCACGGAAGAGCGCAAACGCGACCGCCAAGUCCUCAACGGCAUCGUCCACCCCGCCGUCCGAUGGGAAGUCUACAAAGCCCUUAUCUACCACUACCUACGGGGCCAAUGGGCUGUUGUGCUGGACGUACCAUUGUUGUUCGAGAGUGGCAUGGAUCUAAUCUGCGGCACGGUAAUUGUGGUCGGUGUGCAUGAUCCGGAGAUUCAGAUGGCCAGACUGCGCGCCCGCGACGCUCAUCUCACUGCUGAGGAUGCGGAGAACCGUGUCCGCAGUCAGGGUGAUGUGCGCACGAAGGCGACGCAGGCGGAGUUCCGGGGCACGGCUACGGCGAGGGGUGUCGUUGUUUGGAAUGAUGCUGAUAAGGCGGAGUUGGAGGUUGCGGUUAAGAGGGCUAUGACUAGUAUUGCGGCUUCGAGUCCUAGGUGGUGGGCUUGGGCGUUGCUGGUUGCGCCGCCGGUUGGGUUUGGAGUUGCGGCUUGGAAUUUGGUGGUUAAUUUUGCGACGAAGAAGGGCUGGGAGAGGUCGAAGCAGGAGGAGAAGGCGAAACUUUGA